CAGCGUCUGAAGCGCUCCCUCUCCUUUAAGACCCUGAUGCGCAGUAAGAGUGUGGAGAACUUCUUCCAGAGGUCCUACAGUGACGCCCGUCUCCCCCCUGACUUCAUCACCGACCCGCCACCCCCCUCCCCGCCCCCUGGCUCUCCCCUCGCCAGUGAACGCUCACCCUCCCUCUCUCCGUCACUCAGCCCCAACCCCUCCCUCUGCUCCCACUCCCCGUCUCUAAGCUCCUCCCCCUCGCUGUCUUCCAAGGCCCCGCCCCCACCCCACCUGAUGCAGGUGACCCACUGCUUCCAGGAGCACGUGUUCCGCAAGCCCACCCACUGCCAGCUCUGCAAGCACCUGAUCGUGGGUAACUCUAAACAGGGUCUUCGGUGUAGAACCUGUAAGAUGGGUGCUCACCUGUGGUGCACCUCAGAAUUGUCCCAGCAGCCCUGCAAUGGAAAGUCUGGGGUCGGGGUGUUCAAGCGGAACUUCAGCUCUCCCAUGCUGGUCAACGAACAACUGGCUGUCGUCAAGGAGGUGCAGCCCACCCAAGGGGCAGGCCGGGGGCGUGGGGUGGACCCUAUUUACGCAGCCCUGCGCUAUGGGACGUCCCUGGCACAGAUGAGCCGCUCCAGUUUUGGGAGCGUGUCCGAGUCACCCACGCACAGCCAGGGUGAAGGAGGAGAGGAGGGGGAGCAGAGGCAGUACAGCAUGGAGGAGGAGAUGCCACAGGAGACAGGGGAUCUGCCUCCGUGUGAAAACGAGAAGGCUGAACCUGAGGGUGGGGGCAGCGAGCAGCUCCAGGAGCCUGUAGAGGAAACCAGCGUGAAGGUUCCCAGGCGUAUUGAGGUUCACUCCAUCCACACGUAUGUAGCGCUCUUCAAGUUCCUGCCUCAGGAGCACAACGACCUCGGACUAGAGCCUGGUGAUCGGGUGCUGGUCACUGAUGAUUCUAAUGAAGAGUGGUGGAAGGGUAAGAGUGGAGACAAGGUGGGCUUCUUCCCUGCUAACUUCGUUCAGAGGGUGCGCCCAGGGGAGAGGGUGUGGAGGGUCACCCAGCCUGUCCCGGCCAGCCGAGGGAUGGGCCACAUGCCAGUGAAGGAGGAUCAGAUCUGUGUGGGGAAGAGUGAGGACGGUGAGGGUUUCCUGAAGCUGAGCAGUGGGAAGAAGAGAGGACUGGUCCCUGCUAAAUCCAUUGAGGAGAUCUAAACUCUGUCUCAACACCAGCCCCCCGUCUCUCUCUCUCUCUUACCAGCACCCUGUAACCUCCCCACACACCCCUGAGGAGGACCAGCCAGUCCGGGGGUCCUCCAACACCACCAUCGUGAGGCCCACCACCCUACUUAAAUGAGUGGGGAGCCGUGAUAGUUCAGCUUGUGAAUUCCAGGUGAUGUGGAGGAUGCCUCAGCUUUAUCCUUGCUGACCUUGUCUCCUCCACCCUCAUGUAGCUGACAACCCAGACUUGAAAGGGUUGGCUUCCCUUCCACAGUGGGUUGGCCUAGGUGUUGUGGAGGACUAUCUAAGACCCCAGUACCCCAUGUUUUCCUGCUGUAAUGUACCUUAGUCUAUUAGUGAACUGGGUUGGUCUGUAGUCCACACCACAGGGGUAAGAGUUUUAGGACUGAAGGACUGGCUGCUGUGGACUCCAGUAACUUCCCUCGGGAUGGAAGGAGAUUUGUGAUUUGACCAGUUCUUUUUCACUGUCCUCUGGCUGGAUAUCACGAGGCUGAAGAAUGCAGGAUUAAGGCCGUCGCACACUAUACAGUCAAAACGUGGCGCGUUAUGUUUCGCGCAUAUGUAAUGACUCAAAUGUGUGACGUUUUUGUUCGUUUUGGUGUUUGGCAGGUUUUUUUUUUUUGUCCGCUCACACAACAUUUUUUAUUGGGGCAAGUUGAAGUUCAGUAGCCGACGUCUACGCCCUUUCGUCUGUCAAUGGUCAACUGUAGUGUUUUCAAAUGAAGGUCCUUUAAGGGAGUACGAGAGCACAGUCGUGCGCGGACACCUAGCCGAGUUCUGCCAGAGCAAACAGAACCUAGUAUUAGUAUACGUUGCCUUAAUCAGGAGGAUGUACUUGUGUUGUGUGUGUGUGGGGGUAAUGUUCCUGGUCACUGCAUGGAAGAAAACAUUUGUUCCUUCUCUGAUGAACUAGAACAAGUGUCACACUCCUGAUGGCAGCAUCACAGAUGGACGCCCACUAUGAUCACAGUAAUUCAUUAAAGAGGUGACCGUGAAGGAGAUAAUUGCAUGCUGAAGGAUGCACUUGUUUCAAUGUCGGUGUCAGUGAGAUGUUCAAGAUACCGCCGAUGGUUGUAGGUUUCGGUGCUCGCGUUCUCUCCCCCCUGUUCCUUUGGUCCACCUUCUCUCUCUCUGUCGCUCUCUCUCUCUCUCUCUCUCUCUCUCUCUCUGUCGCUCUUGGCCUCUCUCUCUCGGCCUCUAUCUCUCUGUCGCUCUCUCUCUGUCGCUCUCUGUCUCUCUCUCUCUGUCUCUCUCUCGGCCUCUCUCUCUCUCUCGGCCUCUCUCUCUCUCUCUCUUGGCCUCUCUGUCGCUCUCUCUCUGUCACUCUCUCUCUCUGUCGCUCUCGGUCUCUCUCUCUCUCUCUCUGUCGCUCUCGGUCUCUCUCUCUCUCUCUGUCGCUCUCGGUCUCUCUCUCUCUCUGUCGCUCUCGGUCUCUCUCUGUCGCUCUCGGUCUCUCUCUCUCUCUGUCGCUCUCGGUCUCUCUGUCGCUCUCGGUCUCUCUCUAUCUCUCCUUCCCUCUUCCAUCUUUCUCAGCUAUCACAUUGGUCCCUUGGCGGGGAUUUGACUUCAGCUUAAUUUAGACUGGCACAGAACUUAACUGCUCUGCAAGGACGGAUGGACGGGCAGGUGGGUGGGUGACACUGGGCAGAGUACACCCUGCUCAGACCGACCAGACAGCCAGCAGAGGACAGGACAAACUAGGUCUAUUUCGACACACACUCUCUCAGAUCCUGACUCACUGACAUUGGACCUCGCACUUGGCGGGUUCCAGAAGGUCAUGGAUGUAAGCCACGUCAUUCUAUUGUACAGGUCAAUCAGUCGCACACUUCAGAGAAUGUGUUUUUCUAUGUCCUAUUUAUGAAAAAUACAAGAGACGACAUUAGAUUGGGGCGGUGAAUACUUACAUAAAUACUUCAGUGUUUUUUGUUCUCUCCCUCAGUAGUGUUUGAAUAGCCUAGACUAGAAAACAUCUAUGAAUAGAGAUAUUGUUUAUUUUAAAAAAAGAAGAAGAAACAAAUGGAGCAACAAGACAUUUUUUUUUAAACUGCUCUAAAUUUGUUUCAAUUUUCUGGCCAAUUUAGCAGACGGGCCGUGGAAGACUUGGGAAGUGUUUGUGUCUUUUGACUCAUCUGUUUGGUUCACCGCUGGUAAACAAACAACAGCCAAGAGCCAGUCGGCUGGAAAACCACAUGAACAGACCUUGUGUGACAACCGGACAUGGUCCCGCUGGUCUGAGGGACAGGGAGCGAGGGAUAUGGAGGGACAGGGAGCGAGGGAUAUGGAGGGAUGUGUCUGUAUGCAGCUUUCUUUGUCUAUGGAUGACCAAUUCAACAUUGAUCAAAUGUCAGUCCAUCUCUCUCUCUCUCCAUUCCCCACUCGCUUUCCCUCUGUCUCUGACACUAUUGGGCAUUUUUGCUGCUAGUGGGAAGGGUGGCUGGACUGUUGUAUUGUACAUUUAGAUGUAAGCAUGUUUAAUGAUAGGAUAAUGGGUUGGAUUUCAACGUUUCCAUAAUGUACUGAUCAUUUAGUGAUUUAGACAGAUAUCUAUCUACUUGCUGAGUUGCAGCAUGUAGCGGUCACACUGUUGGCAUUAACGGCCAAUAACAUGUCCCCUCCAACAUGUCCCCUCCCUCUUCCUGUAGUAUAAGAAUGCAGUAUAUACAGUAAGUCAUCGGAAGUGUAAAAGAAGUACGAUGAUGAACAUAUUGGGUGCGUUCGUAAAUUCAAUCUGGAGUGCCAGAGUGCGCUCUGGGCGUUCGUAAAUUCAAUCUGGAGUGCCAGAGUGCGCUCUGGGCGUUCGUAAAUUCAGAUUGUUGUCAGAUUGUCCGUUGGUAAACGCUCUCGGAGCGUUCAGAGCUCACGCUGGACGCUCCGGCCGAGGAGGAGGUUUGAUCCGAGCGUUCAGACCCCACAACGACAGUCAAGCACCCAAGCUAACUGGCUAACUUGCUAGCUACUUACAGACACAAAUGAGAGAACACCUCACUCUGACCAGUUUACUCGCUCUAGCAGAGCUAGUUAGGGUGUUUUCAUGUUAUCCAGAGUGUUGGAGACUGUAACUGUUCUGCCGGCAACAAUUUAAUUACGCUUUCUUUGCCGACGUUUACUGACGCCGGCCAUAUUCAACGGGUGUUGCGUGUUCGUAAAUUCAUCAGUUAUACUCUGGCACACUCAGACGAGAGUGCUCUGAAAUCAGUGUAGAUGGGCAGAGCGAACUUACGAACGCACCCAUUAUUUCAUGUUUUGUUCCUCACAUUGUGCAUGAUAAUAUGAUCAUCUUUGGGUCUAUAUCCUCUGUGUAUGUGGAUGGAUGAUGUUUCACAGACUGUGAUGAAUAUUGUAUUUUCCUUCCAUUGGGUCCAUGUGUUCCAAGGACUUCUCUGGUCCUCACAGUCCCAGACCAGGAGCUAACAGGACCACAGUAUAGUCACUGGGUGUAUAACUGGAUUUAAUUGUUUGUUAGCUUAUUCGCUACCGAAUUUUCACACAAAAUGUACAUUAUCGGUGUGUUCAUGUAGACUUAAGAGCCUGUCACCCUUUGUGGACCCUGUUUGAGUCGCUCUUCGUGUAGCAUUUCUGUGUACAGGCCCUGGCCUCGUUUCCCAGUUGCGAUGUAACUUAAGCAUUGCGACGAUUUGACCAACUUUUUAAAGAGCUACUGCCUCUGAAAUGUUGGUCAUAAAUGGUAUGUCACGGAAUGAAGGGUACAGGAACAGUUUUUCGUGUUUUAUUUGUAUUUUUAUAUCCUGCCCAUAGAUAGCAGCACACAAGUAAUCAUCUGUGACGCUGCACACGACCCGAUCAUAAUGCCCAUGGUCAAUUUGGUUUGACAGUCAAUUAUCCCUAUGGGGCAAGUUAGGGACCAUCAGUAAAUUACAAUUUUGGGACAAUAUUUUAAAACUUGAAUAGCUCCAAAAUUCAAUGACUUAAAAAAACUCAAACCAAUUGUAAAAAUUAAUAUACAAAUAUUGCAAGCAUUUAACCUUUUACUGCAGUGGGCUAAAUCAGGGUCACACAGAGUGUUUCUUGGUCGUCUUAAACACAUCUGCUUAGAAACAAAGUAUACACCUCACACACAUGGUUAUGGGCUUAAAAAUAAGAAGAUGCCUUUACCUUGUCAGAUAUAGAGUUUAAAAUGUAUUCAAUUUUGAGUUUGCAUCCCAAUAUUACACGUUAUAUACAUCACAGAAUACUGAAAUGUAACAAAACUUUUUGACAUAGAAACAAGAUUUUCAGAAGUUUUUUCAAAAUAAUGUUGAUUUAUUGUGAAAUUAUGAAAAAUAUGAAUAACAUUCCACUCAUGAGGCCACUAGGUAAUCAAAUCAAAUUGUAUUUGUCACAUACACAUGGUUAGCAGAUGUUAAUGCGAGUGUAGCGAAAUGCUUGUGCUUCUAGUUCCGACAAUGCAGUGAUAACCAACAAGUAAUCUAACUAACAAUUCCAAAACUACUGUCUUAUACACAGUGUAAGGGGAUAAAGAAUAUGUACAUAAGGAUAUAUGAAUGAGUGAUGGUACAGAGCAGCAUACAGUAGAUGGUAUCGAGUACAGUAUAUACAUAUGAGAUGAGUAUGUAG